UUUUGAGUUUCGCGGCUCACUGUUCAGUUUCGACUGUUUUGUCUCUGCUUCGACAUGUUUUGAGCUCCCACCUAGAUUCACUGCUGAAGAGCUUUUCAAUGCCAUAACUCUAGAACAAGACCCUUUAGUAUGUUGGGAGUUAUUCAAUUGGGCUGCCCAGCAGCCUCGGUUCCGGCACGAAGUUUCCACUUAUCAUAUUACCAUAAAGAAGCUCGGUGUUUCAAAAAUGUAUGAAGAAAUGGAUGUUGUGGUUAACCAAGUGCUUGCGAUUCGUUCAUUCGGUUCCGAGCCUCUUUAUAAUACCAUCAUUUACUUUUUUACGGAAGCUAGGAAGUUGAGUAGAGCUGUGAAUAUAUUUAAGCAUAUGAGGAACAAUUGGAAACUCGAUUGCAGGCCGUCUAUUAGAACAUAUAACAUUCUUUUCACCGCGAUGUUGAGUAGGGGAAGAGAUUCUUAUAUAAACCAUGUGUACAUGGGGACUAUUAGGUGUUUGUUCAGGCAAAUGGUCGAUGAUGGGAUCGAACCGGACAUUUUCUCGUUGAAUUCUAUGAUAAAAGGGUACGUACUUUCGCUUCAUGUCAAUGAUGCUCUACGGGUGUUUCACCAAAUGGGUGUCGUUUACAAGUGCCUGCCCAAUGCUUAUUCCUAUGAUUAUUUGAUUUACGGGUUAUGUGCGCAAGGUAGAACAAAUAAUGCUAGGGAGUUGUGCGAUGAAAUGAAGAAAAACGGGUUUACUCCUAGCAGUAAAUCGUAUAACUCCCUUGUGAAUGCUUUGGCCAUUGCUGGAGAGGUUGAGGAAGCAGUGCGUUAUCUAAGAGAUAUGAUUGAAAUGCGCAAGUCUGCUGAUUUAAUAACAUACAGAACGAUCUUGGAUGAGAUCUGCAGAAGAGGAAGGGUUGAGGAAGCCAUGGGAUUGUUAAAAGAAUUGCAAAACAAAGAUCUUGUCGACGGACAGACUUGUCGGAAACUUCUAUAUGCAAUGGAGGAUGACUUUGGGGAUUGAAACAAUAGAAGCCAGAUCAGGUAUAGCAUACAGAAGUUUUAAACUUUUGCUCAUAAUAUCUUAUGCUCUAAUAUGCGCAAAUGAUUAUUUUAUAACCAUUUAUUCAAAGCCAAACCAUUAGAAUAUGCAUUGUCUUGAUG